CAGGAUUGCUGCAAUCUUUGUUUGUGCUGUAGAUCGUUCACUCUAGAUGUAUUAUUGCGGGUCAUCACUGCAGAUAUAAUAGAUGCUGAGUGCAUGUAGGAAAAUGUCCUGAAUCAUUGUUUUAGUGUGUGUUCAGUGUCCUCCUGUAGACGAGCUGAUGUGUUAAUGAUAAACACCCCCCGGGUCUCUGACGGGCGUGCGGGCGGGCGCUGCUCAUGCGUGGUCCUGCGCGAGCGUUUGUUUGGAAACUCUCAGACGAAACUCGAGAAAACUUCACAAAAUGUGGCGAAUAUUAAACACUUUUAACGCUCUUGUGAGGCGAGACUUCAGGAGAAAAACACUGCGCGUUUCUGCGCGGAGCCUCGCGACAGAUGACGGAGAUCCGCCCGGGGUUCUGGGGAAGCGCCUGAAGGACUCGGCGGAGACGGUGGUCAUCGGCGGCGGGUGUGUCGGGGUCAGUCUGGCGUAUCAUCUGGCCAAAGCCGGACAGAAGGACGUGGUGCUGCUGGAAAAGUCCGAGCUGACGGCUGGAUCCACAUGGCACGCGGCGGGACUCACCACAUACUAUCAUCCAGGCAUUAAUCUGAAGAAGAUUCAUUAUUACAGCAUUAAACUCUUCGAGCAGCUCGAGGCCGAGACGGGACAGGCCGUGGGCUUCCAUCAGCCCGGCAGCAUCAGACUGGCGUCCACUCCGGUCCGAGUCGACGAGCUCAAAUAUCAGAUGACCAGAACACACUGGCACCCGACGCCACAGUUCCUCAUCAGCCCCGAGAAGAUCCGGCAGCUCUUCCCUCUGCUCAACAUGGACAAGGUGUUGGCGGGUCUUUAUAAUCCAGGUGAUGGUCACAUCGACCCGUAUUCGUGUAUCGCUGUAUAUCUGAUCUCAGGGUUCUGGGCACGUGAACUGGGUCAGAUGAUCGGUUUCCAGCACCCCACCAUCCCAGUGCAUCACCAGUACGUCGUCACAGCGACGGUUCCCGAGGUGAAGGCGCUGGAGGCGGAGCUUCCGGUGAUCCGGGAUCUGGAGGGCUCGUAUUACCUGCGUCAGGAGCGAGACGGCCUGCUGUUCGGACCCUACGAGAAGGAGGAGAAGAUGAAGCUGCAGGACUCGUGGAUCAGAGACGGAGUUCCUCCAGGUUUCGGUAAGGAGCUGUUUGAGUCCGAUCUGGACCGGAUCAUGGAUCAUGUGGAGAGGGCUAUGGAGAUGGUGCCGGUUCUGAAGAACGCUGACAUCAUCAACAUUGUGUCCGGACCAAUCACAUACACACCUGACCUGCUGCCCAUGAUCGGACCGCACCAGGGAGCCAGAAACUACUGGACCGCCAUUGGCUUCGGGUACGGUAUCAUUCACUCUGGAGGAGUGGGGAAGUUUCUGAGCGACUGGAUCGUGAGCGGGGAGCCGCCGUAUGAUCUGAUCGAGUGCGACCCCAACCGCUACGCUCACUGGACCAGCGUCCCGCACCUGUGCGCCAAAGCCAGAGAGUCCUACGGCUUCAACAACGUCGUGGGUUACCCGAAGGAGGAGCGCUUCGCGGGUCGCCCGACUAACCGGGUCAGCGGCGUCUAUGAGCUGCUGAAGGACAGAUGCUCUAUGGGUUUCCACGCAGGAUGGGAGCAGCCGCAUUACUUCCACAAACCCGGAGACGACACCGGAUACAAACCCAGCUUCAGAAGGACUAACUGGUUCGGGCCGGUCGGCCGCGAGUGUAAACUGGUGAUGGAGGGUGUGGGUGUGAUUGACCUUUCACCUUUUGGGAAGUUCAACGUUAAAGGAGAAGAUUCGCACCGGCUGCUCGACCGGCUAUUCGCCAACACACUGCCAAAGGUGGGUCAAACCAACAUCAGUCACAUGUUGACCCCGCGGGGGCGUGUCUACGCUGAGAUCACAGUUACCCAGACUGCACCUGGAGAGUUUCUGCUCAUCACAGGCUCCGGGUCGGAGCUGCACGAUCUGCGGUGGAUCGAGCACGAGGCGGCUGACGGCGGGUAUCAUGUGAGCGUGUCUAACGUGACGGAUGAGAUCGGUGUUCUGGGCGUCGCCGGGCCGAAAUCACGGAUGGUUCUUCAGAAGUUGACAGAUGAAGACAUGAGUGACACGGCCUUCAGAUUCCUGCACUGCAGAUCCAUGCAGCUCGCCGGAGUUCCAGUCCGCGCCAUACGCAUAUCCUACACAGGUGAGUUGGGUUGGGAGCUCUACAUGGACAUGCAGAACAUGUCAGCGGUGUAUCAGGCUCUGAUGGAAGCAGGACAAGACGAGAACAUCGAUAACUUCGGCACGUACGCCAUGAGCUCACUGAGACUGGAGAAAGGCUUCAGAGCCUGGGGAGCUGAGAUGAACUGCGACACAAAUCCUUUAGAAGCCGGUUUGGACUAUUUCAUCAAACUCAAUAAGCCCGCAGAGUUCAUCGGUAAACAGGCUCUGCUGGAGAUCAAGGCUCAGGGUUUGAGCCGUCGGCUGGCGUUCCUUACGCUGGACACAGACGACAUCGACCCGGAGGGAAACGAGACCGUCUGGCACAACGGAGAGGUGGUGGGGAACACGACGUCAGGGUCGUACAGCUACACCGCGCAGCAGAGCCUGGCCUUCUCUUACCUGCCCCUGCACCUGACUCACGCGGGUCAGAAGCUGGAAGUGGAGCUUCUGGGUCAGAAAUACCCGGCCACAGUCACUCAGGAGCCGCUGGUCCUCACAGAACCCACCAGAACCCGCCUGCAGAAGAAGCAGCGGAGCGUCUGAUGGGAAGCUGAGCUCAUUCUGAA